AUGAAUUUGAAUUUUUGUUUUUCUUUUCUAUGUUUAUGUUUCGCAUUGGUCGAAUCAUUUUUUCUUUUUGCAGAAAAGAACGAGCCAAUAUGGUUUUGCCUGAAAGUGUGCCCACUCUAUUGUGCUCGCCGAAGACACGAUGAAGAUGCUUCAUCGCUCGUAUACUGGGACGAAGAUUAUAGUUCAAUUAUACAUGAAGAACCCGAAGUAUUCCUGCCUUAUCAUUAUUUCUGCAAGCCUCCUAAGUCUAGACCCACCACUACUACACCACCGCCAACUACUACGAUGGCGACUACCACAGAAGAGCCCACAUGGAUAUGUAUGGUAUGCAUGAAGAAAUGUGGAAGUUUAAAGAAGAAAUAA